AUGAAGAUAAAUUUUUGGGGGUGUAUUCGCAACAGCAACAGCAAUAACAGUACCAGCAGCAGGAAGAAUACCCGGCGAUACAACGAUGAUGAUGAUGAUGACGAUGACGACGACGACAACGACAACGACAACGACGAUGACGGUGGCGACAACGACAGCGAUGACGAUGACGAUGACGAUGACGAUGAUGCAAAGAUGAAGACACCUUAG